AUGGAGAAAAUCGAGCACCGCGCUGUCAUAAAGUUCCUUACCAAGCAAGGUAAAUCGGUUCAAACCAUACUAGAAGAGAUGUCAUCCGUUUACGGGGAGUAUUGCCCCGGUAAAACCAUGGUUUAUAAGUGGCAUACCCUUUUUAAGCAGGGCAGGGCCUCACUUGAAGAUGAUCCUCGGCCAGGACGGCCGAUCGAGGUGACCACUCCGGAAAUAAUUCAAAAAGUGGAAAAAUUAAUACUGGAAGAUGCUAGACUAAAGAAGAAACAGCUCGCAGAAAUGGUUGGAGUAUCCAAUACAACCAUAUUUAAAAUUCUUCACGAUCAUCUCGGCAUGACCAAACGAUUACGUAAACUCGUAGCGGCGCAACACGGAGCCGCAGUGCCGCCCGCGCCGCCGCUUGCGCCGCCGGCUUCAUAG